GGACAUUGUUUAACGUUAGCGUUUUUAAAAUAAUCUGCACCAGUUAAAUUUUAUCCAAAACGCUAACGCUAAUCUUUAACGCUAUUCCCAAAAGAAUGAAAAUAAACAUUCUCCUAAAUUUCACCAUUGGUCCUUCGAAUAUUAAUUUUUUAUCUUUGAAAAUUCUACGAAUAGUCUUUCAAGUCAUGUUAGUAUUACAAGGGGUAUUUUCUUCUGAAAAAAAGAUGCAUCCUCCCCUAACGUUACAUCGGCACCCAAUGUGUGCAGAGAUAAUUGAGCAGUUCCAAAAAUGUCAUCUGGACCAUCCUAUUGGGAAAUUCUUUGGCCAAUGCACCGGCCUCAAGAUCAAGCUCGACCGUUGCUUCAGGCAGGAAAAAAGUGUGAAGCGGAAGGCAAACUUCGAGGAGAGCAAGAAGUUAAAGGAGCGCCUGCGGGCGUACAAGAAGGAAAUUGAUGAGAGAGAAUUGAAGGGCAGGGCAAUGGGUAUUGUUGCUGCUGCUGGUGCCAAGGUUUCAGAGUACAAGAAGGGCAUUCUGGUCUUUUUCGUGACAUCAGCAGUGCUUGUUUCUGCCAUAGUUGAUGUGGUCCCCCGAUUUGCAGACAUGUUUGCUUAUUUCUGGCCUCUUUUCAUGUCGACAACGUUGUUCAUGGGAGCCAUAAUCGCCUUCACGCAUGUGCCGCCUUUGGCUGUCGACUACAGAGACGAGAGAGAAGGCGAGUGGCUGUUCUCACCGGCCUCCCACAACAACAUUGAAGGAUAAAGGUAGGGUAACCCAACGUUUUGGUACCGUAGUGACAACUAUUGUGUGCACGUGUCUAUGAAAAUCAUGAAAUUAUGGUAACCCUAAAAUAUUGGGAUAAUUUACCCUAACACGACUCAACUUUGAACGAUACUGUAUAAUGCUUCUAGUAUUUGAAUAACCACCCCGGUUUAUGUGACAUUGUAUUUUAUUCUAUUCGAAAAAUGGAUGAUUAUUAUCCCCACUUAACUAACUUCUUAUAGCCAUGUCCUCACCCCUAUCCUUUUGUCGAAUAGCUACAUAAUUAAUCAUUGUAGCCAAUUAGCGAAUAAAGACAGCAAAAAGUU